GCCCCCAAAUAUGUCCUGUAUUUGCCAAUAUUUUGCGCCUGUCUCGGACAGCGGCGUGGAUCAAGUGGAGGCCUUUCCCUUGGCCACUGACGAGGAAGGCCCCAGCCCGGAGAACACCAACAAAGAGGCGGACCAGGAGACUGCGGAGAGGACAGUGUCGGCCUCUGACCUGGCCGACUGUCGGGCCGAGAACUGGCUCCUGAAGAAGAAGCUGGCCGACUAUGAGGUCACCAUCGAGAACCUCGAGCAGCUGGUGAGCAUAAUAGUGGACAAGCAGCACCGGAUCCUCAGCGAAAUGUUCCAGCUGAGCAAGGAAAACCGAGAGCUUCAGACCGAGUGUGAUCUCCAGCGCGAAUACCACUCGAUGGAGCGAAACGCCUUGAUGAAGCAGCUGCAUGAUGUUCAGACCUUAUCGCGAAACCGCAGCUUGGAAUUGAGGCGUGCUGCAUUGGAGGAGGGUGCCAAGGUCCACGUGGAGGCUGCAAAAGAGUCUAGUGCCUCAGAGGAAGAGGGCUCCACUGGGGAGGAGGAGGAGGAGGAGGAGGAGGAGGAGGAUACUGACGAUGACCGGGAGAGUGUCUAUGACAGCUAUGAAGACGAGGCCUCAGCCUCGAAUUCCCGCAGCAGUUCUCCCGGCUCGGAAUCGGGUGACACCGACUCGGAGGCAGAUCGAAGUCUGGCCAGUGACAGCGAACGCGAGAGCGACAGCGAUAGCGAUUGA